AACGAUCGCAUUACCAAACUAAAGAUCGAUAAUAAUCCAUUUGCUAAAGGCUUUCGUGAAACGGGGCAAUCGCGUUGUAAACGCAAAAUGUCUUUAUCGCCUAAUAAUAUCGAUAGCGGUAGCGGUGGGGGUGAACAUGAAAUACAGCAGAUAUCACCGCAACAACACAAGCAACAACUACAACAGCAAUCUGGCCAUGAUAUGUCACCUUUAAAAUCUAACGCUCCCAGCACCGCAAUCAACAUAACAUCGGCGUCAUCAAUUUGUUGCGAUAAACCAGUAACGGCUUAUUACAAUGAUAACAUCGUUGUCGUGGACGGUGAUGGCGAUGGCGAUGUUGAUGGUGUUGGCGAUGGCGAUGGCGAUGGCGGUUGCGGUAGCGGGGGCGGUGGCGGUCGCGAUGGCAGUGACGAUGUUGAUGUUGAUGUUUCAACACCGACACAAAUAAAACGCAUGCGCUCUAGUGAAGCAGUUUGUUCUAAUGAAACCAGUUUUCUGUCUACAGCGCCAACAUCAUUCGAUUACAUGGCGAACAGUGCUAACCAACUUUUUCAACAGCACUCAUUGCAGUCCAGUGGCGCGAGUAAUGAUGCAACAUCCGUAGCUUUCAUGCAUCAUUUCCAGCAAAAUAUGCAAUCAUUACUGCGACCUUCGUUGGUCGAUUUGGCAUGCUCGUAUUUUACCCGGCCGCAACCUCUCUACCCACCGCAUGUUUACGCUGCGAUGGCUCAGCAUGAAAGCAUGGUGGCUGCCGGUUUAUCACACCAGCAACAGCAGCAGCACCAGCACCAACAACAACAACAACAACAACAAGAACGACAUCAAUUGCCACAAUUCGUGGCGUUAAAUAGCAUAUUGCCAAUGCGUGUUUCAGGCAUUAACCCCUCAACUACCUCCACAGACUGCUGUCUGACAAACGAUGGCGAUCUUUCAUCGUCCGAUUCAUCAUUAUUGCAAGAGGAUACAACGAGAACAGCAACUCCAACAACAACUGCACAAACAACAGCAUCCAGGCAAUUAAUGAGCGAUGAUACAUUACCGCAAUCACCGGUCAACCAAUAUUGCAACAACAAUAACAGCAACAACAACAACAACAACAAUAACAACAACAUCAACACCAAUAGCAACAGCAGUCAAAGUAAUGAUCAAAAAAAGAAAGGUUUUAGCAUAUCAGCCAUUUUAGGUGCCGGUAGUUAG